AUGUCACACGAAAUCAAUACAUAUUACUUCUCAUUUGUUACCACAAAACAGCAGAUCCAUCUACCAACCGAUUUCCGAGCACACAAGGCAGUCACAGUUCUCAACUCAGGCUUCAACAGCACCGCCGAAACAACCAUGUCUAACUCUAACUCCAUGGUGUUCUUUCCAACCACCCCUUUCGACAUCGCUUUGGUAGUGAUCUUCGUGUUUGUUCAUAUUUCCAUCAUUCGCUUGGCGAAUGAGCAUGACUACGAGUUUGGAGUACACAUAGCCAUCGAUCAUUCCUUGUAUUACGAAAGAACCAUUGCUUUGUUGGACGAGUAUCUUCCAGCGUAUUCCGACGAUUCGCCGCCGGCCUACACGGAGACUCCGGAUGAGCCUCCAGCGUACUCCGAUGUCAUCGGGAUUGAUGUAGCAGUCUUCGCAGUUGAAACGGAAGACGAUGAGGAUGGCACUUUGUGA